GCCAGCAGAUGAACAAGUGGAUGUACAGAAUCUACAGAUUACCGCAGAACUACGUCUUCGUCAAUCUCCGAACAGUGCCUCACCGGCGCCUGAAAGCCGAAGAUGGAAGCGAAUUGGCUCCAGUUUCUAUACGCAGUGUCGGUUUCAUCUGCAAUCGCCAUUAGAGCUUACAGAAGGAAGUCUCUCAACCUUUCAGGAGCGAUUCUAGGUUUUCUAGUUAUGAGCAUUCACAUCGCAGUCAAUUACAGAUUCGGAGCGAUGUUGCUGGUUUUCUUCUUCACUUCGUCGAAGCUCACGAAGGUUGGGGAGGAGAAGAAACGUAGAGUUGAUGCUGAUUUCAAAGAGGGAGGUCAGCGCAAUUGGAUACAAGUUCUCUCUAAUAGUGGCAUUGCUAGUGUUCUGGUCCUGAUUGUCUGGAAGCUGAUAGGAUCACAAGACAAGUGUUUGGACUCAAAAGAAUCACCUCUUGUAACCUCUUUAAUUGGUGGUAUAAUUGGUCAUUAUUCCUGCUGCAAUGGAGACACUUGGUCAUCGGAGCUUGGGAUACUUAGUGAUGCACAGCCUCGAUUAAUAACAACUUUGAAGCCAGUUCGAAGAGGUACAAAUGGAGGGGUCACAAAAGCAGGACUCCUAGCAGCUGCAGCAGCGGGGUUCUUCGUUGGGUUGACUUUUGUUCUCUUGGGAUUUGUCACAACAACAUGCUCUUAUGAUGUGGUUCUGAAGCAGCUUUGGGUAAUUCCUCUUUCCACUCUGGCAGGACUUGGUGGAAGUGUCAUAGACUCACUAUUGGGAGCAACACUUCAGUUCAGUGGAUUCUGCAGUGUCCGGAAUAAGGUUGUCGGUAAACCAGGACCGACAGUAAAGAAAAUUUCAGGCCUUGACAUACUAGACAACAAUGCUGUGAACCUUGUUUCCAUACUGCUGACCACUUUGUUGACUUCCAUUGCCUGCUUAUAUGUGUUCUAAGGCCCAUCAGUUCAAGUGAAUAAGCUUCGUGAGUAUAAACAUCAUGUGAUUCCCGUUUUUGUAAUUGACCUGUACUUUGUUGUACAUUUCUAUUCUCAUUAACAAUACGGUAACUUUUUGGUCAAAAAAAUAUUGCCUAGUAUUGAAAUAUCUGAGUGAAAGACAUAAAAUGAGCUGGUUAGGUGUAAAUGUCAUCUGAUUCAGUUUAGUAUUAAGAUAGUUUGUUAGGUACAUGAUUCCAACACUAUAAAUGGCAUAAAUCCCUUCCUUUUU